CUUUCCUUCAACAAAUACAAUCUUCCUCAUUGCCUCCCCUCUUCUCAAUCAACAAUGGCAGCCAACACCUUAAUGAGCUGCGGCGUUGCCGCCGCCGCCAUCUGCCCCUCCGUCCUCUCCUCCUCAAAGUCGAAAUUCGCCGCAUCCGUGUCCUUCGCCACCAAUGCCAACACCUCCAGGUUCACCAUGUCUGCCGACUGGAUGCCCGGUGAGCCCCGCCCCCCCUACCUCGAUGGCUCCGCUCCCGGAGAUUUUGGAUUCGACCCACUUCGGCUAGGGGAAGUCCCGGAAAACCUAGAGAGAUAUAAGGAGUCUGAGCUCAUCCACUGCAGAUGGGCUAUGCUUGCAGUUCCCGGGAUCCUAGUGCCUGAGGCCCUAGGGCUGGGCAACUGGGUGAAGGCACAGGAGUGGGCGGCGGUUCCAGGCGGGCAGGCGACGUAUUUGGGGAACCCAGUGCCGUGGGGGACCCUACCGACGAUCUUGGUGAUCGAGUUCUUGUCCAUAGCCUUUGUGGAGCACCAAAGGAGCAUGGAGAAGGACCCGGAAAAGAAGAAGUACCCGGGUGGGGCUUUCGACCCGCUCGGCUACUCCAAGGACCCAAAGAAGUUUGAGGAGUACAAGGUCAAGGAGAUCAAGAAUGGUCGUCUUGCGCUAUUGGCGUUUGUGGGAUUCUGCGUGCAGCAAUCAGCGUACCCGGGAACAGGGCCGUUGGAGAAUUUGGCGACGCAUUUGGCUGACCCGUGGCACAACAACAUCGGCGACGUUCUCAUUCCUCUCUCUUAAAUCUACUUCAACAAACAAAGGCAGCCAUUUGUAUGAUUCUAUGACUUAAAUGGGAUGAUGUCUCCUUGUUUUUGUGGCAUGUAUGUGUAGUAGUGGUUUGGUGAUGAUUUUGUGUACAAAUUUCAAAGACUAUGUCAUCGUGCAUAACCAAUAGUACUAUCUAUGUAUUGAGCAUAA